AGCGCGCAGCCAGCCUGCCCAGCCCGCGACACGUCGUCAGCGCGUGGAGCGCGGCCGUGCUCUCCGGGGCAAGUUUCCUGGGAGUGUCCCUCCUCUCCACGGACACAGCAAAGUCCCCCGUUCUCCAACAGAUGCUCCCCUCGCAGCCCUAAGUGCAAGGACCCGCUGGCGGCCGCGCAGAGCCCGGAGGCCGGCGCGCAGUGGUUGGGGGGACCCCCCUAGGAAAUGCCAGCAUCAGCAUGAGAGGCUGGACUCCAGCCCGGGUCGGUCCUCACCCCGGGGGGCCGCUGCUCCGCCCGGUGCGUCUGCGAGGAGCUGCUCACUUUUCCCCCUCGCGAGUCUUUGUUCCAAGCCAGAGCUUGCUCGGAUUCUCUAAUUAACUCCCUCCGCUCCAAAGGGGGCCGGAGGCUGGGAUGCUCUGCCAGCUUGAAAGAUGUUGACUCUCGAGUGGGAGUCGGAAGGACUGCAAACAGUGGGUAUUGUUGUGAUUAUAUGUGCAUCUCUGAAGCUGCUUCAUUUGCUGGGACUGAUUGAUUUUUCCGAAGACAGCGUGGAAGAUGAACUGGAGAUGGCCACCGUCCGGCAUCGGCCUGAGGCUCUGGAGCUUCUGGAAGCCCAGAGCAAAUUUACCAAGAAGGAGCUCCAGAUUCUUUACAGAGGAUUUAAGAAUGAAUGUCCCAGUGGUGUUGUUAAUGAAGAAACCUUCAAAGAGAUUUACUCACAGUUCUUUCCACAGGGAGACUCUACAACGUACGCACAUUUUCUGUUUAAUGCAUUUGAUACGGACCACAAUGGAGCUGUGAGUUUUGAGGAUUUCAUCAAGGGUCUUUCCAUUUUGCUCCGGGGGACAGUACAAGAAAAACUCAACUGGGCAUUUAAUUUGUAUGACAUAAAUAAAGAUGGCUACAUCACUAAAGAGGAAAUGCUUGAUAUAAUGAAAGCAAUAUAUGAUAUGAUGGGUAAAUGCACAUAUCCUGUUCUCAAGGAAGAUGCUCCCAGACAACACGUUGAAACAUUUUUCCAGAAAAUGGACAAAAACAAAGAUGGAGUCGUUACCAUAGAUGAGUUCAUUGAAAGUUGCCAAAAAGAUGAAAACAUCAUGCGCUCCAUGCAGCUCUUUGAAAAUGUGAUUUAACUUGUCAAAUGCAUCCUCAAACAGACAAAUGUGAACUAUUGUACCACACUUAAACUUGGAGCUACCACUUUUAGCAUAGAUUGCUCAGCUUUACACUGAGGCAUAUUAUGCAAACAAGCUUCGUUUUAAUAUAAAGCAAUCCCCAAAAGAUUUGAGUUUUCCAGUUACAACUCUGCAUCCUUUUCAUAAUGCCACUGAGUUCAUGGGAUGUUCUAAGUCAUUUCAUGCCCUGUGACUCUUCAAAAGUACAGAAUCUGGCAGAGAGUUUUACUGAUUCUUUAGCCAUGGGAUUAUUCGGCUUUCCCAUUACCAUUGAUUUUAAAAUAUCAGUGUUUUUUGCUACUCAACUGUAUGUAUUCAGCCCCAGGAUUUUAAAUGUUUUCUAAACUAUUGGCAUCUGCAUUUAAUUUCCAGAAAUUAAUUUUCAUGUUUGUAUGCUGUAAUUCCAUUUAUACACUAAGCAAACAAAACAAGAUUACUAUGAUUAGUAACAAGCAAACACACAGUCCCAGUUUCUAUGGAUUUGCUGCUUUCUGUUAAAGAUAUUCAUUUAUCUGGCAUUUUUUACAACAUGAAACAAAUUAGUUUAUCACCAGAUGUCAGCAUAUGCCUAAUAAAGCUUAUUUAAUAAGCAUUUCUUAAUUUUUCAUAAUACAUAUUAUAGCCAAGGCCUACAUGAUAUGUAUAAUUUUAGAUUUGUUCAAUCCUACAGGUGGACUAUUUUCUAUCUUGUCACUAAGUGGAAGUCCGUGAAGGUGUGGAACAAAGCAAGGAUGUUUAUAGGCAUAUGCAAAGGGUCAGGGUAUCUGUCCUCGAGUUACAUGGUAAUGCUUAGUAACAAGUAAUCCCUAGCAGCAUUGAGGGCCUACUCCAUCCCCUCUCCCUCGACUCCUUCAAGACACCUUUCUAUUACAUGCCAUUCAGGGACAAAGAAACCUGGACUACCCCAAGGCCUACAGGGAACAAAGAGCAAGCAGAAUUCACUUUGAAAGCAUCAGUGACUCCAUUUUAUCAAUAACUACCAUACCAAAACUUCGUUAAAGAUGAAAAUAAAUGGUAAGCAAUUCACCUGGACUGUCUUUAUGAUUUAGCUCAUCGUAACACUCCAGCAAUUCAGAUUCUCUUCAAUGAUCUUAAGCCAAAAUUGUCAAGUGGCCACAACAUCACUUAGGAUACACACACUUUCCCUACUUUGCAGAAAUACCACAAAGACCGAGAGGCUACAGUGGGAGGAAAUUAGCGACUGUCCUUGCAACACUAAAUCAGGUAUCUAUUCUGGUGUAGAGAUAGGAUGUUGAGAGCCGCCCUGCUAUCACCAGUGUAGACAUUCAGAGUAGUACAGUACAUGUACACUGAAAUCCGCCAUCGCGUGUUUGUGUAAACUCAAUGUGCACAUUUUGUAUUUCAAAAAGGAAAACGAAAAGCGAAUAAAAUGUUUCUAACUCUA